CAAAAUAGUUUCACGACGAACAGAACUGUCCGAAUUUCUUGAUGUUUGACGGAUGCAUUCUGGCAGCACUGGGCUGAGAGAGGGAUGUAAACAAUCAUGUCAGCCGCUAUAAGGUAAUUACCUACGCGAAUCCCAAGCCGACACAUAUGAUCCGCUGUGUUUCGCCUUAUCGUCGCGAUGGUCUCGUGGAAGAAAGCUACAUAGAAGGCUGAUUCAAGGAAGUGAUAGGACUAACGCCGGCUGACGCUGGGCUUCCCUUCGAAGUUUUCCAUCAUCCCAGUUUGCUUCCGUGUUCUUCAUGCUCAUAGACUUUGGAGGGUUUUCGCCAGCGCCGGGAAUAGGCGUAUGCUUGGGCUUCACCUUUCCUACCUGGCAGCUUAUAACUUAGAAGCCGGUGUCCAUCGAAGAGCUAACGAUACGCCCACCAGGGUCCUGUGAUUCUGUGCAUGACUUCGUGAUUGAAAACAUGAGUCUCAGCGUCAGUCACGUCAACAACAAGCGCCAUAAUGUUGCAUAUGGCAAUGGUCUGGUAUACGUUGGAUUUAAUCAAGAUCAAGGAUGCUUUGCAUGUGGAAUGGAAAAUGGAUUCAGAGUAUACAACAUGGACCCACUUAGAGAGAGGGAGAGGCAAGAUUUUUCAGAUGGAGGCAUUGGACAUGUUGAAAUGCUGUUCCGUUGCAACUACCUGGCUCUGGUUGGGGGUGGAUCGAAUCCCAAGUAUUCCACAAACAAAGUGCUCAUUUGGGAUGAUCUGAAGAAAACUCCAGUGAUAGAAUUGGAAUUCUCCAGUGAUGUGAAUGCUGUCAAGCUACGCCGUGAUCGCAUUGUUGUCGUCCUUACCACUCUCAUCAAGGUCUACACUUUUGCUCAUAAUCCACAGCAGCUGCAUGUCUUCGAUACAUCAAACAACCCUAAAGGUCUCUGUGCCCUCUGCCCAAGCAGCACAUCAUCCCUAUUGGCAUUUCCAAGCCGCAGGACUGGUCACGUACAAGUUAUUGAUCUUGGCAGCCCAGACAGACCUCCACUGGAUGUCUCUGCUCAUGAAUCAGCCUUGUCAUGCCUCACCCUCAAUUCACAAGGGACCCGACUGGCAACUGCAUCAACGAAGGGAACACUGAUCAGAGUCUUUGAUACCUACAAUGGUGGCCUUUUACAUGAGUUGCGCAGAGGAGCUCAUUCUGCCAAUAUUUAUUGCAUCAAUUUCAACCUGGAGUCCACCCUGCUUUGUGUAUCCAGUGACCAUGGGACCGUUCAUGUCUUUUCUGUUGAUGGAAACAUCAGGAAUAAGCAGUCUAGCUUGGCAUCAGCAUCUUUCCUACCCAAGUACUUUAGUUCCAAGUGGAGCUGGAGCAAAUUUGAAGUUCCUGGAAAUGCUCCAUGCCUGUGUGCCUUUGGUAGUGAUCCUAACUCCAUCAUUGCUGUGUGCAUUGAUGGAAGUUACUACAAAUUUGUCAUCUCAGAAAAAGGAGAGUGCAUCAGAAAUGUGUAUGCCCAGUUCCUCGAAAUGACUGAUGAUGUCAUUUGAGCUCAUCUGCCUCAUGGAAGGAAUUUUCCAGAAGCUUCCUGAUAUUUAUUCCAAAUUUAUGCAGUUCCAGUGGAUGUUAUGUCAUAUUGAAUGAUUCCCCAGAAGAGAGUGUUUAUAAUAAAGAAAAAAAUCAGUAUGCCAGAGUCAUAAAAGAA